UAAAAUCAAUGUUGUUUGGAGACAGAGCUGCCCAAAGAUUGAACGAUGGAGACGGUGGCUUGAAUAGAUGAUGCUGUUGUUCGUUAGAGUUAAGAGGUUAGAGGGAGUUGGGAGUUGUCGAGAGAAAUGGCAAAAUCGACCGCAAAACUCUUCUUCUUCAUAGCCCCAUUUCCCUCUUCGUUCCGUCUUCGAAAUCUCAACACCACCGCCGUCGCCAGAACUCUCGCUUGCUCUUGUAGUUUCACCACUAGUGCUUCUAAGAGAUAUGAUAACAACAGGAAGCGUAAGGAUGCCAAAUUGGUUGUGGUGAGUGAGAAGAAGAGGACUCGCUCCCCAAAAGAGCUGCACGAGGACGCUGCCCAGCUUUACGCUGACGGCACCGCCGCUCACAUCCCUGUCAUGCUUGGUGAAGUGCUCGACGUCUUCUCUUCGUUUUCUUCAUCUUCGAAACCCCUCCGCUCUUUCGUUGAUUGUACCGUCGGAGCCGCCGGACACUCCGCCGCUAUAAUUGAAGCCCAUCCCGAAUUGAAACUUUAUGUUGGCAUGGAUGUUGAUCCUGUGGCACAUGAGAAAGCUAGAGCUCGAAUUGAUGACAUCUUGCAUGGUGAUUCUUGUAACCCAACUUCAGACGUGAAAACACAGACCAUUUUGAAGAAUUUUAGGCAUAUCAAAUCUGUGCUUAGCGAGGUUGAUGAGAAACUCUUAGAUACGGGAGUUGAUGGCAUCUUAAUGGACUUGGGAAUGUCAUCCAUGCAGGUGAAUGAUCCGGAAAGAGGGUUUAGUGUGCUUGGCGAUGGACCUCUCGAUAUGCGAAUGGAUCCUCAGGCAAGUCUGAAAGCAGAAGAUAUUUUAAACUCUUGGCCAGAUACUGAACUUGGGCGAGUCCUUCGGGAAUAUGGAGAAGAAAGCAAUUGGCGCGCUCUUCAGAAUAAAAUUGCCAAAGCCAGGUUACAUGGUGGGUUGCAUACCACUGGCGAACUGGUAGACCUUAUUCAGAAUGCGACUCCUUGGAGAAGAGGAGGGAGACAAGGUUGGAUAAAGACAGCAACCAGGGUUUUUCAAGCUCUGAGGAUAGCCGUUAAUGACGAACUUAAGACACUGGAGGAUUCCCUCUACUCUUGUUUUGACUGCCUUGCGCCCGGGGGUAGGCUUGCCGUCAUCUCUUUCCACAGUUUGGAGGACAGAAUUGUAAAACAAACAUUUCUUGGCAUCAUUAACAGGAAUGAGGGUGAUGGGGAUGAAGAAGAGAGGCGUGGGACUGAAAGGAAAAAGAUGAGAAACGAGGAUGAUGAAAAUGAAGCGUGGAUUAGACAAAUGAUAGGGGGCUGCAGAGGAAUAAUCCUAACAAAGAGACCUAUAACACCAUCGGUGGAAGAAGAGAGACUGAACCGCCGCUGUAGGAGUGCUAAACUCAGGGUGAUUCAGAAGCUUGAAAGAUAGCCAAACGUCUCUGUAAUCAUUAUAACUCUGUAUCCAUGAUGUUCUACCCAUCUUCGAAUUUAUAUUAUUCAAAUAGUCAUUUAAAAAAAACAUUCAUUUCUC